AUGAGUCUAGAAAAGGGAUGCGCCGAAGUUGAGAGGGCAGAGCAGCAUAUCCUGAAUACCUGCAUAACGGAAAAUGAAAUGUUCCAGAUAUUUUGUUUGAACACGAGAAUACUUGACGUUGAACUCCAGAAAGUCCGGUAUUUUACGCCAUCAGCUCUGCUUGGGGCAAACAGUGACAAAAACAGGCAAUACAGACAUGGGGCAUACCAGCAGUUCACCUGGUGGGUGCAUGGACGCUUGGGCCGAGGAGUUAGGGUACCACUUCCCAGUUGCGUAGUGACUGCAGUGAGAGCUAGGUUUCCAUCAGUGACAUACAAUGGAUUUCAGUUUGCAUAG